AUGGCAGACGCAACCGAGUCUGUUACCCAAGACACCGCCAACCUGCACCUCGACGAGGUCACCGGUGAGAGAGUCUCCAAGUCCGAGUUGAAGAAGAGACAGAAGCAAAGACAACUGGAAGAGAAGAAGAAGGAAAAGGCCGCCGCUGCCCCGCUCCAAGUCGAAAAGAAGGCCAUGAAGGCAGAACUCGACGAGAGCAAUCUCAACCCGAACCAGUACUUUGAAAUCAGAAGUGGUCGCAUCAACCGGCUGCGGGAGACCAAGGACCCCAACCCGUACCCUCACAAGUUCCUGGUCAACACGGACCUGGGCAAGUUUGUGGAGGAAUAUGCCUCCCUCAAGCCCGGCGAGCAGAAGAAAGAGGUGGAAAUACGUGUCGCCGGGAGAGUCUACGUCAAGCGCUCCGCAGGCGCCAAGCUGGUCUUCUACGACAUCAGGAGCGGCGGCACCAAGGUCCAGAUAAUGUGUCAGGCCCAAGAAGCCGCCGGCGACGUCUCCUUCGAGGCCCAGCACGAGCACCUGCGGAGAGGGGACAUCAUCGGCGUCAUCGGGUACCCCGGACGGACGUCGCCCAAGAACCGUCCCAACGAGGGCGAACUCUCCGUGUUUGCUCGUCAAGUCAUCCUCCUCACACCCUGCCUGCACCAGAUCCCCUCGGAACAUUUCGGUCUCCAGGAUGUCGAAACCCGCUUCCGCCAGCGGUACCUCGACCUCAUCAUGAACGAGAAGUCGCGCAACAUCCUCCUCACCCGUGCCAAGAUCGUCUCGUACGUGCGUCGCUACUUCGACUCCAAUGGGUUCGUCGAAGUGGAAACGCCCAUGAUGAACUCCAUUGCUGGGGGUGCCACGGCCAAGCCGUUCAAGACACACAUCAACGAGUACCAGACGGACAUGUUUAUGCGUAUCGCACCGGAGCUGUACCUCAAGAUGCUGGUCGUGGGAGGUAUCGACCGAGUAUAUGAGCUGGGGAAGCAAUUCCGCAACGAAGGCGCCGACCUGACGCACAACCCGGAGUUCACCACGUGCGAAUUCUACGAGGCGUACGCCGACGUCUACGAUGUGAUGGACCGCACCGAGGAACUCGUCUCGGGGCUCGUCAAGGAAGUCACUGGAGGCCACCAAACGACCUUCCACACACAGAAUGGAGAGGUCUACGAAGUCAACUGGUCCCGGCCGUGGAAGCGCAUCGACAUGAUCCCGGCCCUCGAGGAGGCCACGGGCGAAAAGUUCCCGCCGGGCGACCAACUCCACACGGCCGAGACCAACGAAUUCCUCAAGCGCGUCCUCAAGAAGUGCAACGUGACGUGCCCGCCCCCCGAGACCAAUGCGCGCAUGCUCGACAAGCUGGUCGGCGAGUUUAUCGAGGAGAAGUGCAUCGACCCGACCUUCAUCAUGGGCCACCCGCAGAUCAUGUCGCCGCUGGCCAAGUACCACCGCUCGUCGCCGGGCAUCUGCGAGCGCUUCGAGGCGUUUGUGUGCAAGAAGGAGAUUGUCAACGCGUACACCGAGUUGAAUGACCCGUUCGAGCAGCGGCUGCGCUUCGAGGAGCAGGCCCGCCAAAAGGCCCAGGGCGACGACGAGGCCCAGAUGAUCGACGAGAACUUUUGCACCUCGCUCGAGUUCGGCCUCCCGCCCACCGGCGGCUGGGGCAUGGGCAUCGACAGGCUCGUCAUGUUCCUCACCGACAACUACACCAUCCGCGAGGUCCUGGCCUUCCCCUUUAUGAAGGAGGAGAAGACCCCGGCCGGCGGCAAGGAGACUGCGGCGGUCCACGAGGUCGUCGCGACCAGACCGGCCCCUUAG